CGGUCCCAUUUCCACUCCAACAAGAUGAAAGAAACUAUCAUGAACCAGGAGAAAUUCGCCAAACUGCAAGCACAAGUGCACAUUGGUGGGAAAGGAACUCCUCACCGAAAGAAGAAGAUGGUUCAUAGAACAGCUACAGCAGAUGAUAAAAAACUUCAGUUCUCCUUAAAGGAGUUAGGGGUAAACAAUAUCUCUGGUAUUGAAAAAGUAAAUAUGUUCACAAACCAAGGAACAGUGAUCCACUUUAACAACCCCAAAGUUCAGGCAUCGCUGGCAGCGAACACUUUCACCAUUACAGGCCAUGCUGAGACAAAGCAGUUGACAGAAAUGCUACCCAGUAUCUUAAACCAACUUGGUGCAGACAGUCUGACUAGUUUAAGAAGACUGGCUGAAGCUCUGCCCAAACAAUCUGUGGAUGGAAAAGCACCACUUGCUACUGGAGAGGAGGAUGAUGAUGAAGUUCCAGAUCUUGUGGAGAAUUUUGAUGAAGCUUCCAAGAAUGAAGCAAACUGAAUUGAGUCAAAUUCUGAAGAAGAUAAAACUUAAAGAAGUUACUGGGAGCUGCUAUUUUAUAUUAUGACUGCUUUUUAAAAUUUUGUUCAUGGAUCUGAUAAAAUAUAGAUCUCUAAUAUUUUUAAGCCCAAGCUCCUUGGACACUGCAGCUCUUUUCAGUUUUUGCUUAUACACAAUUCACUCUUUGCAGCUUAUUAAGCUGAAGAAGCCUGGGAAUAAAGUUUGAAACAAGAUUAAUAAAGUUC